GUGCGAAAACUUGAUAUUUAUCCAUCGAAGUUAAUUAAAAAAGUUAUACCAAAAAUCAAUAAAAAAAAUUCAGUAUUAAUGAACGCUUACAAAUUUAUCCUGAAGGAGGAGAAAUAUUGGCCAAAUAUAUUUCCUGAAGUAAUAUUACUGGAUUAUCUCUUCAGCGGAGAUCGUCAAGUACCGAGUGAAAUGGCUGUAUUAACGAUAUCAUGUUUACUUGAUUUACAAGAAGAUUUUCGAAUGGCUGUGAAAAGAGCAUUUCUGCGUUAUUUAUUAAAAUCACCGUUGGAACGUAGGCGCUUACAGUUAGAGCCUGAACCACCAGAUUUUCCAACGAUGACGAUUCGUGCCCCUGUACCAUGGAAAAGCUCUAUUUAUAUAGCCCGUAGCCGAUUAAAUCAACAUCUAAUGAUAACUCACCCAGUAUUAAUUGCACUUAAUAUCAUAUGGCAUGAAAUUUAUAACGAUAUGUUUGUUCUGAAUCUAAGUCACUUAUUUUGCCAAGAAACGUCUUUUCCAACUGACGAAAUACAACGGUAUAUAGGUUCUCGUUGUGCCGAUAUAAGAGAAGUGCUAGUAAACGAUUGGUUACCACGUUGUGCUGAUAUGAUAGAUGUUAUGCGAAAGUUUUGGAAGGAUAUGGUUCCUUUAAAUGUUAAAUUUGAAGGUCGUAUAGGUAUAUUUUACAAUUGUAUUCAUGCGUAUAUGUCGCGCCAAUUAGAAGGAUUGAUCACACGUAAUGUUACACAUUUAUACAAGAUAUUGCUGUAUUACACGGAUGGUAAUGAUAUCGAAAAAUAUAAUAUGUAUGAUCGCAAACUACGCCGUAAACCACUCAUGACUUUAAUUGCGUCAGUUGUUGGUGCUCACUUUAUAAAACCCGAGAAGUCAGAGGAUCACAGCGGCACAUCUAUAUACCAAUAUGAUCCUGAUGAUGAUGCAAACCUGUUCUAUGUGCGGCCAAGCCUUGGUGCUCUGGAACCGGUGACCGAAUUGGAUAAGUUAUCAGAGUUUCUGUUGGAAAAUACGAGUAGAUUGUACAUAUAUCCUUGCAUGGAUGCACUUCCUGACUUAUUUGUUGAACUAUUUAAAACAAUUUUGAAAGUUGGAUAUGAUAUACCACGUUUGGAAUAUGUAAUGUCGGAAAAACCUGAAACAUAUGGCACGUUGAACUGUGUACCUGAUAAUCAUGUUGAUAUGGAGAUUCUUUACAAUAAUGUUAGAACGAUAGUUCGAAAUAAUAUGCGCGGUCCAAAAGUUUAUCUUAUGCCAAUUUACAAGUAUUACUAUCCACUGUUUAAUAAUAUGCUCUAUGAGAUGACUGAAAAACUUUUUACACAAACCUUUGUACCAGAUUUAAAGAAUAUUACAGAUUUUAUGGCAAAACUUUACCAAAUUGAGGUCACAGUUUACUAUUUGAGAGACUUUAUACCACUAAAUCUAUUUAUGCUUGACAAUCGUCAUGUUAAAGAAUCUAUUAGAAUGAUGGUUAAGAAAAUAUAUAGUUUCGUGAUAAAUUAUUACAAAGCAAUCAACUUAAACCAAAAUCGAGCCAUAUGUGAUGCUCUUGAAGAAAUGUCUAUGAAAGCAGGUGAACGUCCAGAAGAAACUGCGGAAGUUGUAGCGCUACAAAACUAUUUAGCUGAAUGUCGUGAGGAACGUAUAUUCGCUAUUAAAGAUGAUCUUAAAACCGUCGUGCAACGCGUAAUUUUUCUUUUGACACAUUCGACUUUAAACAAGGACGAGAUUCAUUUGAAUUCACGCACAUUUGUUUUGCCCGGCGAGCUAGAGGAAGUUUUGGAUUUGAGUGCAGCGCGUUUGCUUGUGGUGCGUGAUAAACUCGAAAUGGCAUUACGCGAAAAGCGUAAGCUGUUUGAAAAACUGCUUGCAUAUGAAAAACGACGCAUGGAUGGUUUCCGUUUGAAGGAAAUACGAGAAUCUUUCACACUAGACGAAUUGAAGGAACGCGUUGAUACUGCGGAUGAGUUGUUCGAAUUGAUUGAGAAAUUCAGUCGUGAAGCCAAAGCUAUUAAUACUGAAGAAAUGCUUCUACAAAUUGAUGUAUCCCCAUUCCCGCUGUUAACUGAAAUAAUUGAGAAAAUGGAACCUAUAGAAAAAUUAUGGAAAACAGCCUAUGAAUUUGAAAAAGAUUAUGUAUUAUGGAUGAACGGUCCAUUUGUGUGUUUGGAUGCUGAUGUUAUACAAGAUGAAGUUGAGAAUAUGUACAAGAUAAUAUACAAAUUAACGCGUCAAUUUGCCCAAAAUCCAACAGCAAAACGAGUUGCGGAGACUAUGCGCUUAAAAAUCGAAAGAUUCCGUGUUUACCUGCCAGUACUUGAUGCAAUUUGUCGUAGUGGCUUAUUGCCACGACAUUGGCAACAAAUUUCCAAUUUUUUGGGAAGAGAAGUAAAUCCCACGCUUUAUCCAACACUUGCAGAUAUGAUAAGUGUCAAUAUAAUGAGUAUAUUGCCACAACUAGAAGAAGUCUCCAAUGCAGCUGGCAAAGAAUUUGAACUUAACAGCACAUUAGAUAAUAUGCAAAAAGACUGGACAGAUGUUAUGUUUGAAGUUGUGCAAUAUCGUGACUCUGAUACAAAUAUACUAUCUGCUCUAGAUGACAUACAGACUCAAUUGGAUGAUCAUAUAAUGCGCACACAAGCAAUGAAACGUUCACCAUUCAUUGUUGCAUUGGGAAGCAAAGCUGAUGAUUGGGAAGAACGUUUACUAUUAAUACAGAAUAUUCUUGAUCAAUGGACACAAGUCCAAGUGACUUGGAUGUAUUUGGAACCAAUUUUCAGUUCAGAAGAUAUUAUGAGGCAAAUGCCAACAGAGGGUCGCAACUUUAAAGCUGUUGAUAAAUUAUGGCGAAAAAUUAUGAAAUAUGCAUGUCAAGAUUUGCAUGUUAUGGCAGCUACAGAAUAUCCUAAUAUGCUAGAGUUGUUGACAAAAGCGGUAGCUGAUUUAGAAACUGUAACAAAAGGUUUGAAUACUUAUUUGGAACAAAAGCGUUUAUUCUUUGCAAGAUUCUUUUUCUUGUCUAAUGAUGAAUUACUGGAAAUUUUAUCGGAGACAAAAGAUCCACAACGUGUACAACCACAUUUGAAGAAAUGUUUCGAAGGAGUAAGUAAACAAAUUUUAUAA